AUGGACCAAGUGAGCAUCGUGUUCGUAGUGAGUUUGGUAGCAGUUCUGAUGCUUCCACUGGCAUCAGUCACUGCAGCAAUGGUUCCGAUCUUCUGUGCUCCCGAUACAAGCUGUACGGUGAAAAAUGUAACAGCUACCGAAAACGAUUCAUACCAACUGAUUGGCACCAUUCUGCAAGCAUACAGUGUAGCAUUUGUGAACUGCCGGAUGUACAGCCUCCCACAGAUCCCUCAAGCUGGCCUAGUUUCCGCAAGUAAUAUUGAUCUUGUGCGGUUGCAUCCGAGCACUUUUGUACACUUAGAAUCGUUGGACGUAUCCUACAACCACCUGAGAGAAUUCUCACCAAAUGUAACGGAGCGCCCAGAACAGCUUAGAACUCUUGCGUUGCAAGGAAAUGUAGCCCUGACGAAUUUCACAUUUCUGCGCUCGCUAACGAACUUGAAUACUUUGAACAUGGCAGAAAUGAAUCUAAGUGGAUUCGAUUUCGAUUUGUUAAGCUCCAUGUCGAAUCUUCGGAAUUUCAAUAUGAGUCACAGCAAUAUCAGCGAGCUUUCGGCGAAUAUUAGCAGAGCAAGGGGAAGCGUUAUUGAUCUGAGUGGAAAUGUCAUCACUCGCGUUGUUUCGUAUGCCUUUCCCUGUUAUUGGGAUUUCAACUAUGGGAGAGAUUGCAUAAUCGACCUGUCGUACAACAACAUCAGUGUUAUCGAGAAGAAUGCGUUCAAAGGAAGUUUUAAAGUAAAUCUGCAGAACAAUAACAUCAUCACUAUCGAGAAGGAUACGUUCAAGGAAAAUUCUGAAGUUAAUCUGCAGAACAACAACAUAAGAAUUAUCGAGGAGGACGCGUUUGUGACUGUCCCGUAUGUUAAUUUGAAGAACAACAGCCUCAGAGACGGCAUUCACCCGAAUGCGUUUAAAAGUGUGACUGAUCUGAUCCUCUCCAACAACGAUUUGAGCAACUUCGACUUUCUGCAGCAACUACAGUCUCUGCGGACGCUUAACCUGUCGUAUGUGCCCUACUUCAGCAGAUGCGCUACUCCAUGCACCGUUUUCGGAAUGCUCAGAUCACUCGAGAUACUCGAUCUAUCGAACAAUGGUAUCACUGAGCUGCCUGUUGGUAUCUUCAGCGGAUUGGGGUCUCUAAAUGUUCUCAAUUUGCGCAACAAUCGCAUCAGCAACAUCGAGUAUGGAACGUUUGGAACUUUCAUCCGCGAGCAAAAACGGUCACAACCGACGUGUCGCAUUCUAGAAGUUGAUCUUUCGAAUAACCUUAUAACGAAUCUCGAUUUUAGCCUGUUCAGUUCUGGUUGUGUCGUUGAUAGGCUGUUGCUGCACGGCAAUCAAAUCACAAGUAUUGAUAUAACCAAGCGCGGUAUAUCCACGCUAGGUCUCCAAGACACUCAAGUUACAUGUGCGAAUUUGGUCGAACUCAUGUCAAAGGGUAUAUCUCUUGUUAAUGAUCACGAUGAUAGACACGUGCUUGACCAACCGAACGUAUUGGGUAUUCCAUGUGUAAGCCAACGAAAUCCAUAUGCGCACAAAAUGCGAAACAAUAAAGUGAAUUAA